CGCGUGUAAAUGGAACAAAAACAUAAACAAAUGUUAAGGGUUGAUUGAUUGAGUCGUGGGCAGUCCUAGAAAGGAAAACAGCAAAGAAAACAGUUAAAUGUUGUCUUUUGUCGCAUCACAAGUUAAUUUGCGGCCGUUUUCCGUUUUAUUGAUUCACUCAGCCCAAAUUGAACGCGAUUGACAGAGCGCGGGAUUCGUGUCGAUAGAAAACAAAUCUCGUCCUCCCUAGAGGGUGAUCAAGUUGAUUUGUGGUUCGUGACAAAGCCGACCAAUGAGAGAUAAUACCGCGCACAAGAAGUUCUAAAGCCUCUUGUCAUUUGUCAUCAGUGACUGGGUGUGGACUUCCGUUUUGAGUGGGUUUCUUUUGUGUCGUGUUUAUGUAGGGCACCAUUUGCAUUUUAAUCUUUCGCAACGGGAAAUUAAACUUGAGGCUCUAAAGCUUUUGUUGUGGCUGCCAUCGUUCGAAGAUCGGGACUCGUUGACGUUUCUGUUUGUGUCUCGAUCGGUUUUGUUUCUCGCAUUUAAGCUGCGAUUAACUCGCAAACCGUGUGCUAUAGUUUUGUACUUGAGAGCGAGAUACCAGUGCCUACGUAAGUCGGUGAUCGUUCACUCGUGGAACCGGAACUAAGUCCCGCCAUAGCAUACCAUCAUUUCCGCUAAAACAAGUUUAUCACUUGAGGGAUUUUAAAGCUUGAAUUACAAUAGAGAAUAAUCGACCUCGGCUAAAUAUAAAUUACUCAAAAACAACGGACGACAAAGGGGUGAGAACGAAAGUGUUUGGGUAGUGAAACAGCCAGUUUUUCUUUACUAGAGUGCUUCUCGAAAACAUUUUAUCACUCCGCCGGACAUCUUCGGCUGGCGGGUUAAUUGAAUCUUCAGAGCUGUGGAAAGAAAAGCCAGGAGUACAUCAAGAAAUUUAUUCUCAACUUGUCGAGGGUCUUUAUAUCGCGGAGAGGUAAUAUUCAUACGAUGGCUGAAUCCUUGCUCGCUCUUUGUCUGUGGAAACAUUAACACUGUCGGGGAGGUUUCUUUGCUCAGUUUAAUAGGAAAUUCGCGGGAACUGUAUUUUGGCAGAUUUGAUAAAAGGAAACAUUAAAUUUCCCAAGCUGAUAAUCGGAAGUGCCACGCAAGCUAAGCAAGACAGGCCCAUUAUAAUACAGUCACGACGUAGGACGCGUUCAGUUUGAAUAAAGUGACAGCACAGGACGGUCGCGCGGCCGGCCAACACCGAGGGACACAUGAACACCGCUGUAUGGCAACACAGACUUGAUCACAGAACGACUUAUAGUUCGUCAUACUCGAUGAAACACGAAGGAUUGGGCAAGAUGAUGCACGGCACGAACGACAGAAAUAAUUUCGCCUUGGUCGAUAAAUUACCGCGUUUAACGACGAACUUUCCUACGACCGGCGUAACAGAGGAGAGCGAUGCGGACGACUAUUACCCAUUUGUUAUUGGACACGGGUCGAGUUUUAAAGUUAUCGACCCCAAAGUGUACAAACAACUGCGGCGACAUAAUAUUCAGUCAAAGGUACCUGUUAAGGUUGCCGAUUGUGCGGAAAAACCGACGAUGGCGAGUCACAAAACUCCCGCUACAACGAAUACAAAAUUUUCAAGUAGCUCUGACAGUGCGGACGAUGCCGACGAGUAUUGUGAACUUUCACCGCUUGCGAAAGCGCCUCCCAUACCGUUAUCAACUCUUCGGUCACAGCCCGUGGAUUUAAAGUCUAAGAAUAGCCUCGCAAAACUGUCUAGCUUCGAACGGAGACUCUGUUCGGAUUGUUAUUAUUCAAAGACUAAAGCGAGUCUAGUCGAGAGUCAGCCGAGCUCUCCGACAUCACGACCUACGACUCGACUUGUGGACACUAGCUCAAUGAAAAGCGAACGAGUGGAGAACUGUUCUCAGUGGACAAACGAGAAGCAGGAACCCCUCUUGUGUGGUGUGGAAGCAGACGAGCUCAUAGACUAUGCCAGUUGUAUGUGUUGUGUGAAAGGUAUCUUUUAUCACUGUACGAAAGACAAUUUCGAUGAAGGACAGCUCGCUGAUGAGCCGUGUUCGUGCGCGGGGCCCGUCAGUUCGUGCGCGCCGCGCUGGGGUUGCCUAGCUAUUCUGUCCCUAUUCAUUCCCUGCUUGUGCUGCUAUUUGCCUGCUGUGGGCUGCAAGAAAGCCGCCAAGGGCGCGAAGAAGAAAAAACCGCAGAAACGCUUUAGAUUUAACCCUUAAUAGACCAGGAUCAAUUAAUAUUUCAGAUUAGAAACAUUUUGACUUCAUAAGUCAGAGCAUUGAAGUAAUUUUUGUAAAAUACACAGCCGUAUUUUAUGUGCGAGUUAUUAUAAGAGUUGAAAUCGAAUAUUUUAUUUACCGGAUGGAAGAUACGAAUUCACAGAAGUUUCAAACAGUUUUUCGUUUACAGGACUCAGUGUGUGUCUCAGUUGUGAUCUGAUUUAAUAGCGCGCGGGGAUACGUUAUCUGCACUUUUGUUAUGUAACUUACGUUUAUGACGACAGCCGUUGUGUUUUCAUGUCAUUCUAUUUAUCUUAAGUCAUAAAAUUGAAAUCAGAGUUUUUGGAUCUUUAUUUACAUCAUAGGAUGACUGAUGGAUUAUAAAAUAUCCCCGCGAUUCAAUUUCAGGGUAUCAAAUGUUCUUGUUUUCCCAAGUGUUCUUUCAUUGACUGAUCUAUUUAUUAUUUAGUCUGUUUUGAAAAAUCUGUUUGACGUCGUUUGAAUUCAGGUUCACCCUACAAAAAAAAUACAUAUCAUCUGCGAAUAUGCAGCAGUGUAAAAAAGAAAUAGUUAAAUUAUGAAGCGCAGAAAUAAUUAUAAUUUAUGAAGUUAUUAAUCUCUGUAUUUAAGUUUUGUCUUGUUUGACUAUUGUGUGUAAAAUUGCUCCUUUUCUGAAGACUCUUAUUAUUACUUCAGGUCGAAGUUAUGCGGAACGCUCAGAAAGGAAUUGAAUAAAACUGGGUGUUUCAGGAUA